CCACUGGUGACAAUCUGAUGUGGGAUGGGCGUCACGCUAAACGUAGGAGCGCAACUUUUUUUCUCUCGCCGUAAUGAUAAUGAAUGGUGAUAUCGCGACGUAUAAACAUGGCGAUCAUUUGACACCACAGUCGUCCACCGGAUCCAGACGAGGCGCGGGUACUGCAUCUGCUCGCGAUACCGAUGGAAUACUUGCGAAGUGACGAGUUUGAACGGUCUAACUAACUUUAUUCUAUUCGCAACGCGAAGACCAAGGAGACGCGAGAUACAGAGAUAUCGCGAAUACAGAGAUAUUCUCUCGCGAGCGAAUCGCGUGAACUUGUCGGGUGGCGCAUCGCGAAACGAUCCGAACGGAGGCUGCGACGCGACAUCAAAAGGAAGAGUGACGCGCGUCGUGUGCGCUAAGAUGGCCCGGGAGUACGAUCAUCUGUUCAAGCUGCUCAUCAUAGGAGACAGCGGUGUAGGUAAAAGCUCACUACUUCUGAGAUUUGCUGACAACACCUUCAAUGGCAGUUAUAUAACUACGAUAGGAGUGGACUUUAAGAUACAAACUGUGGAAGUAGACGGUGAGCGGGUAAAGCUGCAAAUUUGGGAUACCGCUGGACAAGAACGUUUCCGGACAAUAACUUCAACUUACUAUAGGGGAACGCAUGGCGUUAUAGUUGUGUAUGAUGUGACCAGCGGUGAUACGUUCGCGAACGUUAAACGGUGGUUACAUGAAAUCGAACAAAAUUGUGAUGUGGUUAACAGGGUAUUGGUAGGAAAUAAAAAUGAUGCACCUAAUCAGAAGGUGGUGUUAACAGAAGAUGCACAAAGAUUUGCCAAUCAAAUGGGAAUCCAGUUAUUUGAAACUUCCGCCAAGGACAACAUCAAUGUUGAGGAGAUGUUCAUGGCAAUAACGCGGCAAGUGUUGCGGACCAAAAAAGAACGCAAAGAACGGCAAGCCAUACAGACUAAUGAGACAGUCAACUUGAGAAAAAGCACAAAACAGCAUAGGAAAAAAUGUUGUUAGCGAGCGUUGUAUAAACACGCUACUCCCUAUAAACAAAAUAUUCUUUGAUACGAUAAUUAGGACAGAAUAAAACAGAGAGCAUGUGUUAGUAUUAUACGAGCGGACAUGAGGCGCUGGAAACCCUGAUAUUUUCUAACACUGAGUUUUGUAUUCCAAUUACGAUACCUAAGAUUGUAUCCUAACUGAAGUAUACUUUUUUGAUGUUAGUAUUUAACAUAAUAUCGAAAGGUCGAGCGCGUAAAGCUUAUUUAGUGAAAAUGAUCGUGUAUGCGGCAUUCUUUUUUAACAUGUCAAGUAUUUUCGCGUGCUACGUCAAAAAACAAAGGCCUAUUUAUUUGUAAUAUUAACAGAAGGGUAACUCUCUUAUAUAUAUUAUAUGCGUAUAUAUUUAAAAGAAAACCGCUUUACAUAUACAUUUUAUACACAAAUGCGUUUCAUAUCAUCAAACGAAGCUUCGUAAUUGACGAACAUAAUUUAUGAACAUCUUCCUAAUUUCUCUAGAAUUAUUUUGGUCAUUGUAAAAUUUUGCUGCAUUCAACAAUGAGUUACCAUAUGCUAAAUAAGUCGUGUUUAGAGCGAGUAGGAUUAAAGUUUUUUGAACAAAUGGCUGAUAAAUAUUGUUAGCUGGUUCAAAUAAUUCUUAGGUCGUUUUAGUAAAAUUAAGGUUCCUGUAGUAUGAUUUAACGCUUUUAGUAUGAUCAAUCGGAUAUAUGAAAUCGAUUAGUGAUAUACAACGGUAUAUGAUAAAAAUUACAAAUUGUGUAAAAAAAAAAAUCGUCAUGUGAAAGCUGCAAAAAUUGCUUGGUCAUGUGAAAUUCCGUAUACUUCUUGUCGUAUUCAAAAGACUGUCGCAAAAAUUCGAGGACUAGUGACAUGAUUUAUUCACAAUAGCCACAUUUACAAUAUAUGAAAUUUUAUAAUUGUUUAUAAUUAAUUUUUAUUACAAUUUUAAAAUUUAUUAUCCGUGAGCUUCUAAUUUUUAUAUUAAACAAUAUCGAAAAGUACAUUUUAAGAAAGUUUUAAAUAGUAUUUAAUACAAUUAUCGAAUAUACAGUCUUCUCUUUUAUAAUUUUUUUUUUAAAAUGAUGCAUUAUUUGCUAGCCAAACGUAUCAAUUAUAUGUGUUAUACUUCCAAGGCAUUGGAAUCCGUAGUAAUUAUAACGUGUGCAUCAUUCAAAAAAAUAAAAUGCUGAACAGUAUUAUCUCAUUUUUAAUUCUGUAUAAUCUAAUCUUUCUUAAUCCCUCUAUAACGAGGGAAAGAUGAAAUGCUUGUAAACGUCCGAAUUUUAUAUACUCAAAAUUUAUAAAUACGCAAGUAUUUUAAAUUGUCCAUGCAUUGCGACGAACACAUGCGCGCACGCGCGCACACAUACAUAUACAGUUAAAUAUUUAUUGCAGAAGGGUAGAUAGCAAGAUGAUAAAAUAUAACGAUCGGUCAUGUCCAGCUAUGACAGAAGCUGUCUGUAUUAAUCUGUGAUAAUAGUUAAGAUAAUGUCGCCAGCUGCCAUUGUAAUACUGCUGCGUGUACCUACUUUCCGCUCCCGUGUAAUUGUAAUUGAUAUCGCUAUUAUUUUUCUCUUCCUUUUUUUCUGUCUUUAGUACCAAUUACAUAUCUCCCUUAGAGGCAAUAAAGCGACAUCCUACAACGUGUACAUAUUCUCAACUUGCCAGUUUUAGUGGCAUAUUCACGAAAUAUUUCAAUCGAGCAUAUUCAAUCUUGUUUACUGUUAUACAGUUACGACGUUGUAAUAUUAUUAUACAUACGUAUUAUAAAUAAAUAGGAGUCUACAUGUACGCAUCAA